AUGUCUACUUUAGAAGUAGAACCAGGGGCAGCCCCUGAAAGUGGUCUAGUGACCACAGAUACACUAGAUAAUUUUGACGAAAUGAGUUGCAGUUUAGAAGAAAUUAAAAAUAUAAACCCUUCGAUCGAAGACGAAGAAUCCAAUGAUAACGCGAUAAUUAAUGAACAUUUUGACGAAACUGUUAGUAACGAUAAUGAAGUAGCAAGUGUUGAUGAUGAUUUUGAACUCAAUAAAGAUUGGAUUGGUAAAGAUAAGCAUGUAUUUGUAUUAAGUAUGGCAGGAAAACCGAUAUAUUCACGAUAUGGUAACGAGGAUAAACUAGCUUGGCUCUUUGGUGUUAUGCAAACUUUAGUAAGUUUUAUUCAAUCGUCAGAUGAUUGUAUUCAGAGUAUACAUGCAGGUAACACUCACUUUGUAUUUUUGGUGAAAAAACCACUAAUAUUGGUUACUGUAUCAAAAACAAGAGAAAGUGAGAGUCAAUUACGGAUUCAAUUAAAUUAUGUAUUUAAUCAAAUUACAAAUAUAUUAACUCUUACACGACUAAACAAAAUAUAUGAGCAAAGACAAAACUAUGAUUUGAGAAGACUGUUAUCUGGGGUUGAAAGACUUAUAGAUCAUCUUUUAACAUUCUCAGAGAAUGAACCUUCGGUUAUGUUAGGGGCUGUUCAGUGCUUACCUUUGGCUGCUUCGGUUAGGGAUACCAUCAGUUCAGCUAUCACAGGAGCAUGCAGUAAAAUAAAGAAUCUAGUAUUUGCAAUACUCUUAGCGAACAACAAGCUCAUUACAUUAGUUCGAAUGAAAAAAUAUUGCCUCCAUCCUGCCGAUUUACAUCUGAUAUUCAAUUUAGUCCAAGCGUCGGAAAGUUUUAAAAACUCAGAAAGCUGGACUCCUCUCUGCCUACCGAGAUUCGACGCAAGCGGGUUCCUUUAUGGACAUGUAUCUUACUUAUCUGAGGACUGCCAAGCAUGCUUACUCUUAUUAACUGUCGAAAGAGAUGUAUUUUUUACUCUAAGCGAAGCGAAACAGAAGAUCGUCGAGAAAUUACGAAGAAGUAACUGUUUAGAAGCCAUAAACGAAUCGUUGAGUACCCCAGGUGAAAGCAGCGCUAGCGCAGGGUUCGUAGAAAUUCGCCAUUACCUGUAUAAAUGCAAAUCCACUUCUCAGUUCUACCAACCUAUCUUGAGCCCGCCCUAUACUCAAACCAAAGAGCCGUUAACCCGAAUUUACAAGAGGGCGCAUCACAGACUGCAUAACAGUUCGAGGCCGCUGAAAUUGAUGUUCGAAAGGAGCGCCGACGAGGCCAUCUUAGCUUGGGAUACCAAAGGGUUCGAGUUGUUUGUCGUAUUUGAACCUUUAAUAGAUACUUCAGCGGCGAUUAUGUUGGUCGGUAGGCUUUUAAAUUGGAUAAAAAAGAAAGAGGAACGAUUGUUUCAUCUCAAUGCACCAACUUUUUAA